UUCAUUGUAACCGAGCUAUAUUUUUGUUUUGUGAACCUGGCAACUUUGAUGCAUAGUUAGUUUGUUUAUGUUCUGCAUGGCUUCGUGUCUGUCUUCGUGAUAAGUAAGAAAUAUAUAAUGAAAUAAUUGAAAUCUUUGUGAACGUAUAUAGAAUGUGUCACUUGAGAGAAUUUGAUCUUUGACGCUCUCGUUUUUCUCGAAAUAAAAUGUAAAUAAAUAGUUGAUAAAGCAAACAAAUGGCAUGUUUCAACAAACAAUUAGUAUUGAGACAUCAACACUACGUCACUUGCAGAUUCCUAAUUGGAUAUGAGAGACCCAUAUUGAUUAAAAAGAUUAAUUGAUGCACGAGGAACGGAUUGAAAGAGAAAUCUAGCUCAACGAAACGUUAAAGGAGGCCAACGAAUUCGCCAACGCCUCUUAGGCAAAGAUGCUCAUUAACUCUCAUUCCAGGCAUAUUUUGUGUGUGAAGCAACCAGAAUUACCGUUUCCUAAAACUGCUUAAAAAGACGAGUCUACUGAUUCAUAAACAAGCAUGGGAAAAUGUGACAGUGUCGAGAAUUCCCAUGAAAAACUCUCUGAAAAUAACCGUUCAUUGAACAAUGGAGAAGACUUGACACACUAUGGCAGUACAGAUCAACAAACACUCAUACCCCCUGCAAAUGCAAAGCACGUCAAAUACUGCAGAAUCCUUUCUUCAUUACGAAUUGAACCUGUCAUGUUUUUGUUCAUGUUUUCAUUCAUAUUGAACACAACCUGUUUAACAAACUUAAUGAUGGACAAAGGUUGUUUGUACUAUUUAAACUAUUCUAAACACAUUUGUGAUAACCUGCACAACAAGACAUUCAAAAACGAAAGUGAUAACGUAGAGAUAUUAGCUAACACAUACAACCUGUACUUGAACAUGCUAGCUCCUAUAGGAGCAUUUGUUGUGAUAUUCUUAGCACCCUGGAGUGACAAGCAUGGUCGAAAUCCUCUUCUGAUAUCUGCUUUGACUGGCUUUCUUCUGAACGAUAUCGGAAUAAUAUUAUGCACGAUUUACUUUGACUCACCCUUAUAUUUCAUACUCAUUUCAAACUUGCCCACCCAAAUCAGCGGGGGAUUCAUUAGUGUCAUGACUUGUAUUUAUAGUCACGUAUCGGAAGUAUCCACUACAGAAUUGAGGUCGAUGAAGUACACCUCAUUGCAAAUAUCGUUCGGAUUGGCAGUGACUCUCGGUGCUUUAGUUGGCGGACAGUUGUAUAAUUUCUUUGGCUACAAGUGUGUUUUCUCUACGAUGGCGGUCGGUCACGUAUGUGCCAUUCUUUGGGUCGUCUUAUUUGUUCCCGAGACACGUGGGCUCGAUGUUCGGGUGAGUUUGAGAAGGAAAAUAAGAGACUUGACGAUAUCCCAAAAUUUCACGGAUGGCUUAAGAACUUGUAUAAAGUUUCGUGAGAAUCACGGUCGCUUUCAGUUGUGGCUUCUUUUGUUGUCAAGCUGUACUAUAGCCUUAACAUACGAAGUUUACACUAACAUUGCUUAUGUCUAUACUCAUCAUAUGUAUAAAUGGAAUCCAACCAUUUAUUCUGAAUAUUGGGCAGCCUUCAGUUUUACAGAAAUGAUUGUCUUCCUGGUUUGCUCAUCUGUUUUUAUUAAAGUAUUUAAAUUUAGUGAUCCUCUCAUCGGCAUCAUAGGAUCGGUGUCUAUCAUCGGCAAAAAUGUAUUUUUGGCAUUCGCUUAUGAGCUCUGGCUGUUCUAUAUCAGCAAUAUUUUUGGCUUUUUAAAUGGAAUGGGCAAUUUAGCUGUGAGGUCCCUAAUAUCAAAAAUCGUACCAGAAAAUGAACUGGGACGAGUCUUUUCAUUUUUGGCAACAUGUGAAUCAAUCGUGCCUUUAUUGGGAAGUCUUGUAAUCGCCAAAAUUUUCAAUGCUACUAUUAAAAUCUUUCCAGGAGCAUGUUAUCUUUCUGCAACAGUUUUCUUACUACUUCCUUUAGGAACUUUCUUAUAUCAAUUCAAAAAGGAAAGGAGCAAUUUGCCAAAACAUGAAACUUUUUCUGAUAAAGAAUUUUAGAUGUCCCGUAUUUAUCUUUUUAUUUCUGUGUUAUUUUUGUAUUCAUAUACUUUAUAGGUUAUUUACACUUUCAUUUGUUAAUUCAGCCUUUUUAUUAAUAAUAAAAAGUUGUACAUUUU